AUGUACGUGCUCCAUCACCUGGCCUUUACCCUAUUCUGGGAGAAGUUCGGCAAACAGAUCCAACGCAGACAGCUCGAUCUCCCUGAAUAUGCCGCGAGUUUUGUCAACUACAAGGCGUUGAAAAAGCUUAUCAAGCAACUCAGUGCCACCCCAACCAUUCCGGCGCAGAGAACAGCGGAGGAUAUUGCCCAAGAUGGCACUCCGGACCCGCAGUCAUCCCUGCGGGCAAACAAGGAUGUGUUCUUCUUCCGUCUGGAACGAGAGAUUGAAAAAGUCAACACUUUUUAUCUCCAGAAAGAAUCAGAGUUUUCCCUGCGCCUGAAAACACUGGUUGACAAGAAGAGAGUCGUCCAAUCUCGAACCAGCUCCAACUCAAAGACACCGUCGAAUUUCGUGGCACUCUUUGAAGGAUUCCAACAGUUCGAUGGCGAUCUGAACAAACUGCAGCAAUUCGUCGAGAUCAAUGAGACGGCCAUGUCCAAAAUUUUGAAGAAGUGGGAUAAAACUUCCAAGUCACGCAUGAAGGAGCUGUAUCUGCAUCGGGCCGUCGAGGUGCAGCCCUGUUUCAAUCGCGAGGUUCUCCGGGAUCUUUCAGACCGGGCUACGACUGCCCGACUGGAGCUGGAGGCCUGGGCCGAGGGAGAGAACAUUCAGUUUGACACCUCACGGCCGUUGGACCGUGCCAUGGGACCCGCCUUUGGCACCGAAGAAGACGAGAUAGACCUCCAAGUUUUGCAAUCGGCCUCUACCGGUAAUCUGCAGACCCUGCGUGAAUGGGUCGCUCGGUUGCAUUCGUUUCCGGACGCUCGUGAUCGGGCGACUCGUGCUUUUCUGGCGGCUAUCAAUGGGUGCGCCGAUGAGGUCCUUGGCCUCCUCCUGGAAAGUGGACUGGUCGACCUACACGCAGAAGACGAUAUCAACGAACGAAACUGCCUGCACGAAGCGGCAAUCUCAGGGCGAGACUUGGUUUUUAAGGCCGGCCUUGCGGCAGAGGUUGAUUUCUUCCGGUCCGAUGUUUAUGGCCGAAUCCCUCUUCACUACGCCUGUAUGCACGGCCGCGUGGACAUGGUGCGGGAGCUACUGGCCGUGGGGCCCGAAACGGUGGAUAUGAUGGAUCACGACAACUUUGCUCCCCUGAUUCACAGUAUCGUCAAAGGCCAGCUGGCGUGCGCAGAGCAGGUGCUCUACAGCAAUGCGCGCAUUGACCCUGAUUCAGAGUCGGAUCAUAUCCCACUGAAUCUGGCCUGCCAGUAUGGUUCACUGCCCAUUGUGAAGAUGCUUCUCGAGCGAAAUGCCAAGUUGUUGCCAGAUGCUGAGGGCCUUUACCCUCAGCAUAUGGUGGCCCGCGCCUCUCAAUCUCCGCAGUUGCUGUUGCUCUUGAAACAACAUGGUGCCGAUCUGGACCAGAAAGACAAGCUGUAUCAGUGGACGCCCUUAUUCCAUGCGGCAAGCGAAGGAUGUGUCCCAUGCCUGCGAACCCUCCUCGAGUCGGGUGUGGAUUCCAAGGUCGCCGAUGAGAAGGGCCUCUCGGCAAUGUACUAUGCCGCAUGGGAGGGCCAUUUGGAGUGUAUGCUCCUCCUCUGGGCUCAGCCCUCAAACGAACAGCCAGCACAGAGACCGCUGGAUGUUCUCAAUGGCUUGCAGCUACAAGAGCCUGGUUUUGUGGAUGACCAAAUGUCUACAGAGCAGACUAGCUCCGCUGAAAUGGACAUGGCCGACGGUAUCCCUGACCUAUCACUACCUCCGCCCAUAAUCCCGCUGAGGCGGUACGGUCACAACUUCCUUGACAAGAAGGUUUUCGUGCAGCUGUUGUUUGAUCAAGGGAAUACAGCGUCGAUUGCUUUUGACCAGGCGGGACGUCACCCGGCGGCUCGAUUGACCAUCUCGUCCAAGCUGUCGGACCUCAUCCCUCGCACCAUUGUGUUACCCAUCCAAGAUGACUCCCGGAUAAUAUCCUUCCAUGUCGACAAUUUGGACACCUUUGCAGUGGACUUUGAGAUCUUCCCCACUUUUGGUUCCAAGGUCAUUGCGAAAAGCGUGGCCUUGCCUGUGAACUUCCGGGCUGAGACCUCGAGCACUGGCUCAUGCUGCCUCCCUCUCUUUGACCCUCGUCUGCGUGCCAUUGGCCAACUGCGCUUCAACUUCCAGGUCAUCAAGCCUUACCACGGCGAUCCCUUGGAAAUCACCCACUUUGCCACAUAUUGGAAGGCGACCAACGCGCUGGACUCGGAACAUAAUGGACUGGUCACUGGCUCCAGCUUGUCGGGAGAUUAUGUGCAGCUCUUCAUUCAGCUCACCCGGGAUCGGGUGCCAGUGCUUUACCCCCAGUUCAUGAUCAAUCACCAUGGAAUUGAGAUUCCCGUAUCUCACUUGACGUAUAUCCAAUUCCAGAAGAUUGGUGCGGAACGGGGCGUCAAGCAACAGGACAUUUCACACUUCCUGGCCACUCAGGCUGUCAAUGACAUGCCCCAGACCCAUCGAAUCUUGGCCGCAUCUUUCUUGUCUCUACAGGAGGUUCUGCGGCAAUUGCCUAUUGACCUGAAUGUGAACCUCUCCAUUCUUUACCCAUCGGCCGUUGAGGAGAGGGCCCUUGACAUGACUUCCCUGGCCGAUGUCAACACCUUUGCCGAUGCUAUUCUCACCGAGGUUUUCGAUCAUGCCCGUGUGGCGCGAGACAAGAACCCCGACUUCAUGCGUUCUGUGGUUUUCACCUCUUACAAUCCAAAUAUCUGCACGGCACUCAACUGGAAGCAACCAAACUACCCGGUACUUCUGUGCAAUGAUUUGGGGCAGAUCCGUGACCUAGCCCGCAACGUAGACUCGUUGCCUCAUGUGAAUAGCAGCGGACGAGCCUCCAUGUCGAUUAAGGAGUCUGCGCGGAUUGCUCAAAGUAACAACUUUAUGGGCCUCAUCUGCCGGUCGAGUCUAUUGAACGUUGUUCCUGCUCUGGUGGAAACUAUCAAGGAACUUGGUCUCGUUCUUGUGGCCGACACUUCUGAUGAAUCUGGGCAACCGAACCCGGGCGACGCCCUACCCGCAGCCGAUUCCAUGGGCGUCGCAGACUGGGCAUACCGAAUGCCUGACGGGGUCAAUGGCGUGAUGAGGGCCAACGGCAUCCUGAGAUUCAACGACAUGAUCGAUAUGUGA